AUGUCCAAAGGAGUCAAAGGAACAAAACGUUAUAUACCAUUGGAAGAAACAGGUGAAGUCUGCCCUUCGCCAGAGCCGGAGCCGAGGACUGCAGCUUACGUGUUUAUACAUUUUAUUCGGCCACUUUUCGCCGAGUUAUUUGGUGUUAUGUUUUUCGUAUUCGUGGGAGUUUCUAGUGUAUGUCGAAACAAAACCGGGACAGCUCGUAUCGCCACGGGCCUAGCUCAUGCGUUUACUCUGUUUGUAAUGGUUGCAGCGACUGCCAAAGUAAGGUAUGCAAGGAACUUGGGGAGAUGCAGAUAGCUAGUUAUUAUUGUAUAAGUAUUGCAACCUGAGGAUAAAUUAGGUUAAGUAUUACAAUUUUUGAAUGAAUAUAUAUAUUAUGUCACAAACUGUCAAUUUACUAGUAUGGUCAAUGUUAGUAGAAAUAUAGUUAAAAUUAUAUACAAUGCAGUAAUUAUACAUUUCCAUCGCGUUUUGUAGGUAAUAAAUUUAUAAAACCGUCGCGAUAGUGCUAUGUAGAAAUGUAUUAAUGUUAAUUGUGUAUGGGAAAACGAUUCGCGUUUCCGUAUCAUCUGCAAAUGAUCUGAUAACGUCUAUUAUAGUAAAUAAUUCACCUUGCCACAAUGGAAUGACCCAAUCAAAAUAAUUUAUCCAACCAUAAGCCUUGGCAUGCCUUGCUCAGAAAAGUAAUUAAUUACCCAACCCUACAUACCCCAGAAAAAUAGCUUACCCAACCCAUUUCUCUUCGGUACCAACCCUGGGUAUAAAUAAUGAACCAGAGCUGUUGUAGAUCUUUUGGACAGUUUAUUUUUUCUGUUUCACAGCGGUGGCCACCUCAAUCCAGCUGUGACACUGGCAAUGACAAUCGUUCGUGGCUUACAACCGAUUGUAUUGGCUCCGUUGUAUGUCUUGGCACAGCUGUUGGGUGCAAUCAUCGGAGCUGCUUUAGCAAGGGUAUAUAUUCAGUUCUUGUCUUUGUGGUAACUGCCCCCCCCCCCAAAAAAAAAUAAAUUAAUAUAUAUAUAUAUAUAUAUAUAUAUAUAUAUAUAUAUAUAUAUAUAUAUAUAUAUAUAUAUAUUGAAGGAAAGGUCAUUGUCCAGCUGGACAUUAGUAGCAUGGAGUCGAACGCAGUCGUACAACACUAGAUCUAUUUCCCGUUAAUCACAGAUGUAGGCGUAAAUGUCAAUUCUCGUCACAUGUUUUUGUUCCGUAUAUGUAAUUGUAAACUGUUGCCAUCUCGAUUUAUUUCAUUGUAAACGACCCGUUGAAGACGAAAGACUACAGACGAAAGUUCGUAAAAUAAAUAUAUCAAACCAGAGAGCGUCUGAACACUAUUACGAUUGACCGAUUGCGUUUCCAUUCGUUUUCAGGCAGCAAUGCCUAGUACAAGUUACGAUGCCGUAACAGGAGGUGUCCACAUGCUUGGCCAUGAUGUUGAACCUGGUCAAGGAAUACUGGCAGAAGCAGUAGCGACCUCCAUCUUGGUUCUUGCCGUACUCAUGGUGGCAUUUGAUGACAGGAACAAGAGUGUCCUCGGGCCCCUCGCUAUUGGCUUGGCCGUGGGUGGUGGCAUAUUUGCCAUGUAAGUUAUCAUUUUCAAGGCCUGGUUAAAUUUCCUGGUCAUUUUAACCAUUUCCCUACUAGAUACAGCUAUUUCAAUCAAGGUUGUCCACGAGCAAAGCAGAAAAGUCGAAUACGAGCGCGAAAGGCUGCUGGGAACCGCUUUGGAAGUUCAUUAAUUUGUUAGCGAUUCCCAGCAGCCUUUCGCGCUCGUAUUCGACUUUUCCGCUUUGCUCGUGGACAACUUUAAUUGAAAUAGAUGUAUAUAUUUCCCUACUAUAUAUUUCCCUAGAUAUAGUCCGGUUAAUUUGUCCAGGAAUUCCUGGUUAAAGGGAUGUCAAUAUAAAUUAAGUUUGUCUUAUUUGAAAGAACUUUUGAAGUUAUACAUUAACUUCCUUUACAAUUAUUCCGUAUCUUGCUUGGUUUUCGAAAUAAAUCGACUUAUUUUGAUCAAAAGCAGCGUGCAUUCCGCCAUCUUGGAUAUGCAUUCGAUAUGCAUACGUCACAAGUAGGGUAAAAAGCGAAAUUUUUAUCUUGCAAACCACAUGUCAUUAUCAGUUUGAAACUCGAUUUUCCGAAGUCUUUUUAGUACUCAAUUAACUCACAACAUUUUAAGAAACUUUACGAAGAUAUUAGUCCCACAUGAAGAAGUUAAAACAUGUUUACCCUGCUUGUGACGUCAUCAAGAACUCGCUUAAUUACGAGAAAGUUGUAAUUAAGGGUCUUCAUAUAUAACUUUAAAAGUUCUUUCAAAUAAGACAAAGUUAAUUUUUAUUGCCAUACCCCUUGUGCGACAAACCCAAAAUAUAAUUUUUUGUAUAUCAGUAUAUGUAAUAUUUGGAUCAUUCUGAGAAGAAGUGCGCUGUAUCUUUAUAGUAAAGAACCUCAUCUUGAUCAACUUUUUCACUGCCCAAAUUUCCAGAUAUGAUGUAAUUAGGUGAAUUUUUGGUACAAAAAACAAAGGAAAGCUAAUUUGCACUUCAUCUAAUGACAUCAUAUAUCCGCAAACUUUGACAGUGAAAAAGUUGAUCACGAUGGAAUUUCUUAUAUUUUAUUAUAAAGAUAUAUUACAUUACUUCUUCGAAUGACCCAAAUACCUAUUUUCUAGUGGAGAUAUAUCUGGUGGGUCCAUGAAUCCUGCUCGAAGUUUUGGUCCGGCCGUGGUGCGAAAUUACUGGAAAUAUCAUUACGUGUACUGGGUUGGUCCGAUUCUUGGCAGUCUGUUUUCAACCUUGAUGUAUGGUCUGUUUUUGGCAUCACCCAACAGAUUGUGGCUCCCCAUUUAUGAACCCGUGGAUUGAUGAUUUAUGAACCCGUGGAUUGAUUUAUCAUUCUUAAUGAAACUAACGUUUACUAGCUACUAGGUGAUGCUAGUAAUGUGAUUUGUUUGUUGUUGUUGUUAGUAUAGAGACGCUAUAUGUGAAAAUUACAAAGGUGGCUCCAUACACUUUUCAUCAUUGGGGGACUGGUACCUAAUCUUCAGUUCUCGCGCGAAAAUGUUAAAAAUAUAUGCAAAAAUAAAUACAACUUUUUCGGUAUAAAAUCCGAACCACAAGUCAUGUUUAUUUUGAUGUUUUGAGUCUUCCUUGUUCUCAUUUGUUCUCAAAGAACAAACUUCGUCCUGAUUUAGCUCUGAACAUUGAAUAACUAGUCUUUUUAGAAGACAUUUUAAGGUAAAAAAAUGCAAUGUUCAACUUUCAAACUCUUGUGAAAACUGGCGAUCGGCCCCGGACCGGCGAAAAGUUUUUACUCCAAUAUUUGGCGAUUUAUAAGUUCAUAUCCAGAGUUUUUUUGUACUUACAACUGGUAAAUGUAUUCAAAGUGUUACUAACAGCAAAGGAAUUCAGUGAAACAGCAUCGUGCGCCGGUUCAAACUGUUUUAACUUGUCAACAACAACAUGAAAACACACAAGUUACGACUGAAAACGAAUAUAAAACUAUGUAGAAAAGCCAAAAAGUUCAUACAUGUUACACAUAUCUUAUACCAAACGACCGACAAUCACCUGUUUUCUUGGCGUUAUCCCGAGUUAGCAUGAAAAACCAAAUAUAUUUGCAUUUCUAAGCAAGAAAACACAAUAUAUAUUUGAUAUUUCGACGAGACUAAAAACUUUUUUGUGCGUGUUUUUCUGGAGAUGCGCCUGCGAAAACAUGUACGCGCAUGUCAAUUCAUUGAUCUUGCAGAGUGUGAAAAACUUUGGCCGCGCGGAAUAAAACCGUGAUUAUUUCCAAAACGAGUUCGGUAAGGUACCCUGAAAAUUUGUACAUGAGUAGAUACAUGCUUCAAGAUUUCAUGAUGGAAAAAUAAAAAAAAAUUGUCGACAGAAACUGUCAAAAAAGUCGAAAUUUAAUUCUAAAGAAUUGAGUCGACAGAUUUUUUUUAAACUUCCCAGAAAUGUUUCUCGACACUAACGUAACUGAUUUAUUAAAAAAAAAGUUGGGGUCACCGAACUCAUUUUUAAAAAAAACUCGAAAAACUGCGAUAUUUUCGGCUAUUUAGUGUUGCCAGUAUUCGUUAUAGUUGUCAUGGAAACGCGACUUUUAUCAGAAUUCUUCUUGUCUGUGACACGUCUUACUAUGUGUUACAAUUAUAAGUAAAACUUAACCCUGUAAAAGCAUUUAAACAGAAAAUAUUCAACUUUUGCUCCUUUGGCUAAAAAGUGUAUUGAGCCACCUUAAUACAAUUUGAAAUUUGAACUUCAUUCUUUUCGUUUUGUUAUGACAUAUCAAUUAUAUUAUAUC